CGCGUUGAUCGAGCCCUCGCGUAGAUCGAGCCAUCGAGAAGUGAAUUCAGAAGAUGGGGGAGAGGGGUGACAGAAGCGUGUCGCUGAUUUUCAGCUCUCCAGCCUCCUCCGAGCUUCAAUGGCAGCGCCCUCAAUUGAGAUUUGUUAGAUAAGGAGAGCAAUCUGCCAGCGAGCACCGGGAGAUCAGAAAGUACCGUUUAACCUUCUUGCUCUCGCAAGAUCACCCUUUUCGUGCUUUUGGCUAAAUCCUUCGCAGGUCGGAGAAACUGUAUCUUCCGCAGGACAAUCUAAUUUUAGAUCUAAAAAAAAAAAAAAACAAAAAAUGACAACUAGAAUUCCUUCGGCGGAUGAUAGCAAUGAGUUCAUUCAGAGAGCAGGAGGAGCCCCCCAACCUAGGGCUUUUCCCUUCCGUAUGCUGUGGCUCUUCAUGUUCUUCCUUGUCCUCGGUAUUGGAUUCUUCGCCUUCAGUGUCUAUCUCACGCGGCACUUCGCGUUCCAGGGAAUUCGGACCCAGACUCGCUCAAAGUUCCGGAACUGCGUAGACGUGAUUCAGAGCGAAGUCAGCUUGGAACAGUGGAUUCAUCCUUCGCAGACCACAGCGCAUGGCAUGAGCGACGAGGAGCUUCUCUGGCGUGCAUCUUUCGUUCCACAGGUGAAGGAGUAUCCCUUUCGGAGGACCCCCAAGAUCGCCUUCCUAUUCCUCACCAGAGGGCCAUUACCCUUGGCGCCUCUUUGGGAGAGGUUCUACCGGGGCUACCUAGGGCUAUACUCCAUCUACAUUCAUACUCUUCCGUCUUACAUGGCCAAUUUCUCUUCUGAAUCCGUGUUCUAUGGGCGGCAGAUUCCUAGCCAGGUGUCAGAGUGGGGGCAGAUGAGCAUGUGUGAUGCUGAAAGAAGGCUCCUUGCAAAUGCCCUGCUAGAUAUUUCCAAUGAAUGGUUUGUUCUGCUGUCUGAGAGUUGCAUACCCCUUCACAACUUCAGCAUAGUAUACAAAUACUUGUCAAAAUCUAGAUACAGUUUUAUUGGGUCACUCGAUGAUCCUGGCCCCUACGGUAGGGGCCGAUAUGACCACCGAAUGUUACCUGAGGUCAGUAUUGAACAGUGGCGUAAAGGAUCACAGUGGUUUGAGGUUAACCGAAAGCUUGCAAUCACAAUUGUCAAGGACAAAACUUAUUAUCCCAAGUUUGAGAAAUUCUGCAAACCCCAUUGUUAUGUCGAUGAGCACUACUUUCCUACCUUGCUUACAAUCGAAUCAUCUCAUCUUUUGGCAAACAGAAGUUUAACUUGGGUGGACUGGUCGAGAGGUGGGGCUCAUCCUGCUACAUUUGGGAGAAGCGAUGUCACAGAGGCAUUUCUAAAGAGAAUUCUCAAUGGAUUUACAUGUUCAUACAAUAACUACGACUCUACGAUUUGUUUUCUCUUUGGAAGGAAGUUUUCUCCUAGUGCUUUAGAACCCUUAUUACGUCUUGCGCCUGAUUUGCUGGGUUUUGGUUAGUAAAAUUUUCUACGAGUCCAAAACUAAAGAGCCGAGAGUGGCCUUUGAGGUUUAAUAUUCUAUAUUAUAUUGGUUGUUGCAUCCAUCGCCAGAUGAGAUCCGCUCAAGAUCUUUCAAAAUUUUGUUGAAAAUUUUUAACUCACCUUGUUUUUUCUUGUACAUAAAAAUUGCUGAGGUGGUACAUGCCAUACUAAUGAAAUUUCUGCUGUGAUCCAAUAAAUAUUGUUUUUUUUUU